AUGCUUGGAGAUCAGCCCUUCGUCGAUGUCCUGCUACGCAUCUGGUUCUCUCACAUCGACUUCAUGUACGACAGCGUUGUCGACACCCGCCUCCAUCGUCUUUGGACGCAGCAUCAGCUGGAAGACGCCAUGGCCUCUCCCAGUCUGCAACCGCUCAUCUCCAUCAUACUGGCCGUGACGUGCCAGAUCGCUCCGGAGCGCAUUGCAGCAGCCAUAGCCAAUUGCACCGCGGCUUCGUCUUCGACCGACAGACUCGUCACCAUCUCGUUCGAGUAUGCCAAGAAGGCUACCGAUGCGUUUUUCGAAGCUUGCAGCGUGCAUUCCAGUCUCGAUGCCGCCAUAGUCGAGCACUUGCAGGCCUCUCUGCUUGUCGCCGCCUACCUCAAGAAUGCCGACAAGCUCUUCGAGUAUAGAACUCGACUGUCUAGGGACAUUGCCUUUCUACAGUGCAUCCACGUCCACACCUUGGGGCCUGUUGCGCAAGAUGCAACACGCAGCUCCGUCAAAGAGAUGGCUCGGCGAAUUUGGUGGUCUUACUUUCAGUACGAUCGCUUCUUCUGGUUGUUAGACCCGUCCUUUCCCUAUCAAAUGGGCAGGAAUCACUGCGACAUUUCGUUUCGAGAUCACUCCGGCCUGGAGCAUCACAUUUCUUGUCAGCAAACCAAUGUGAACACUAGUGCGGUGCUGCCUAUCUUCCAGCUUGGUACCGGCCAAGGCGAGACACCAAGGGUCGCAGAUGCAGCGCGCAUGUCCAGGUUCACCAGCAACAUGAUCUGCAUCGCUCUCGCCGCAGAGCAUGUCUCGGAUCGCUUGGCAGAUCUCGGCCGCCUCACCACUCGUUUGCAUACCAUCUCUGAAGCAACAGCUCAGCUCGAGAACGCGAUCGACACAGUCAUUUCAGAUUUCAAUUUGCUCUUUUCCACUCUUGAGCAGCAACAGUCGUCGAUAAUCGAAACAACAAAUCGAUCCUCUACUCAGAUUCGACAAGAGCAGGUCUCCAGCAUCACCCUAGAUACACUUCGCUACCAGGCCUGCACCACGCUGGCAAGCUGUGCAUCCCAUCUGUCCAUCGGCAUCAAAGACAGGCUCUUCAUCGUCAGGGCUCAGGCUACAGCUACUUUGGUACAGCGAGCGCUCGAGCUGACAGCAGGUCUGAGUCCGUCAGAGCUUCGAUGGGCUUUCUUCCUCAAUUAUAUCGGCCGAAGCACCGCAAACCUGGCCCGCCUUGUGCUUGAGCCAUCCUUGCAGCUGGCGGGCUCCUCUAGCUGGGUGGGGCUAUUGGUUCGCAGCAGGAACUUCUUGUGUCUGAUCGCCAAUCAGAACAAGGAUCCUUUACCUGUAAGGGUAGCCGAAGAGGUGUGUUUGGGUACGGCGAGGAUCUUUGCUGAGGUCGACAAAUCACUCGAAGCUGACCUGAGCAAUGUACGCAAGACAGCAGCCGACGCUGUCCGCGCGGAAAGAGUAUGGGAGCGUGCUGCACAGCAAGUACUGCAGCAACAAUCGUUCGUUAUUCCUGGCAGGCCCGGAGCGACUGAAAGUGAUCUCACCCUGCCGGGGGAACACGAGUUGAUGCAACAGAUCAUGUUUCUGGAGGCCUUUGAGGGGCUGUUUGCGUUUUCAGUCUAG